AUGUACGCUUUCGCCUUCUCCACUCUGAGCUUUGACUCUGUGCCACUCCCCAUCGUCUUUAUCAGCCCUGCGCUAGCAUGGCAACAGGGGCUCGCCCUCAACUGUUCGGUGUGCCUCGCCAUGUCUCUCCUAACUCACUUCCGUCACAAGAGGUAUGCAGUGGGGAGUGAAUGGGCUAACUACCUUGGGGAGGAGACCUGGGCAACAGUGAACAAGGUUGCAAAACUGCAGAAGGAGCAACUAACCCCCGCAAAUGCCCAAACCCUAAUCGACACACCUCACUUUCUGAAAGAAUUGGAAAGUAUGAAGAAGCUGUUAUCAGAAUUCAAAAGUAUGAAGAAGCGGUUAGCAGCAUUAGAAGACCGAGAGCAGGAGGCCCAACAGCGGGCCCGAGAGCUGGAGGCCCUCAGCCCGAGGAGAAAAUAUCCCAGGAGUGAAACUUGA